UUUUACAAGUUUUCAGAAAAUUCGCCAUAAAGGUAGUCAAUUUUUCAAUAUACCGAGAUGUUUUCCGGGAAUGUUUCAUACGGAAAAAUCUUUGGAAUCGCAGUCACAGCCUUCGUCAUAAUCCAGCAAGUUUCCACUAGUCCAACAAGAUAUCAUCGUUUCAAAAAAGGUCCAACAGCACCUGUGAACAUCAACCCGGAUGAAUACAGUAAGGAAUACUGGAACAAAUUGGCAAAGAAUGAGCUCGACAAGAGCAUGAAGAUAAAUGCCAAAUUGAAUGUGGCUCGGGCGAAAAACGUAAUCAUGUUCCUGGGAGACGGAAUGAGUAUUCCGACUACGACAGCCGCCAGAAUCUUGAAAGGUCAAUUGACAAAAAUCGAUUCGACAGGAGAAGAAGCGUCUUUGGUGUUCGAAGAUUUUCCUCACAUCGCAUUAUCAAAAACAUACAAUGUGGAUUUCCAAGUACCAGAUUCAGCAGGUACAGGAACAGCGUACUUGACUGGCGUCAAGGCGAACUCGGGUACGGUAGGAGUCACUGCUGCCGUACCUCGGUACGACUGCAAUGCCAGCAACAUCGAAGAGAACCAGGUCGACUCAUUUCUCCAAUGGGCCAUAGACGACGGACGAAAUGCUGGACUCGUUACAACAACCAGAAUCACACACGCCACACCAGCAGCUGCCUACGCACAUUGUGCCAAUCGUGACUGGGAAUGCGUCGGAUUCGAACCCUGGGAGGGUCCAGAAACUGAACUUCCGGAUCAUUGCAAAGACAUUGCAACCCAGUUGGUCAACGGAAAGACUGGCAAGGGUCUCAAGGUGAUUUUCGGAGGCGGAAGACAUGCCUUCGACGGGACCAUUAAGCCCACAGAAAACGAUCCCAAAGGAUCCUGCGUCAGAAACGUGAAGGAAAGUUUGAUCGAAGAAUGGCAGGAACUUCACAAGGACGAGAAAGCACACUACAUUGAAAAAAAGACCGAACUUGAAAAACUUGACGCAAAAAACGUCGACCGAGUGCUCGGAGAAGAAGCGUCUUUGGUGUUCGAAGAUUUUCCUCACAUCGCAUUAUCAAAAACAUACAAUGUGGAUUUCCAAGUACCAGAUUCAGCAGGUACAGGAACAGCGUACUUGACUGGCGUCAAGGCGAACUCGGGUACGGUAGGAGUCACUGCUGCCGUACCUCGGUACGACUGCAAUGCCAGCAACAUCGAAGAGAACCAGGUCGACUCAUUUCUCCAAUGGGCCAUCGACGACGGACGAAAUGCUGGACUCGUUACAACAACCAGAAUCACACACGCCACACCAGCAGCUGCCUACGCACAUUGUGCCAAUCGUGACUGGGAAUGCGUCGGAUUCGAACCCUGGGAAGGUCCAGAAACUGAACUUCCGGAUCAUUGCAAAGACAUUGCAACCCAGUUGGUCAACGGAAAGACUGGCAAGGGUCUCAAGGUGAUUUUCGGAGGCGGAAGACAUGCCUUCGACGGGACUAUUAAGCCCACAGAAAACGACCCCAAAGGAUCCUGCGUCAGAAACGUGAAGGAAAGUUUGAUCGAAGAAUGGCAGGAACUUCACAAGGACGAGAAAGCACACUACAUUGAAAAAAAGACCGAACUUGAAAAACUUGACGCAAAAAACGUGGAAGGAGGAAGAAUUGACCACGCUCAUCACGCCUUACAAAUGAAUGCCGCAUUCCUGGAACUUCUAGACAUGGAGUCUGCAGUUUCUGCGGCCAUGGAAAUGACUGACCCGGAUGAAACCCUCAUCAUAGUCACAGCCGAUCACUCACACACCAUGUCUUUCGGUGGAUGGCCACAACGUGGAACACCAUUGCAUGGUAUGGGUGGCGAUGAUGAUGACGGAAUAGCUUACCUGAAAAUGGCCUACGCCAAUGGCCCACGGCCGUAUUUAUACAACGAAACCCAACGACCAGAUCCACAAGGUGAAGCAGUGGAGAAACCAGAUUACCAACCGUUGGUGCCCGUCAACCUGUACUCGGAAACCCAUGGCGCCGAUGACGUCGCAAUUUACGCCCAAGGACCCAUGGCACACAUGUUCCACGGGGUGCAUGAACAAAAUUACAUUGCCCACGUCAUGGGAUACGCGAGUUGCACGGGUCAAUACCGGAACAACUGCCGGUCAUCCGCUUCCGGAAAAAUGGCAAUUAGUUGUGCUUGGCUGUUUGUCUUGUCCAUGAUUGUUUUCGCAAUUCCCGGGAGAAACUUUUGAGAAUGUGAAAAAUCGAUUUUCCUUCCGGCAUCCGGACAAGGUAUCAAUCGAGAGGGUAUUUUUUUUCGAUUAAACCGAGGUUUUUUCUUGACUUUUGGAUUUUGA